CUGGGUCACGCGGGCGUGGCCGACGGUUUCGAUCGGGAGCUGAUACGCAAGGCGAUCCAUUUGCUGGUGGCGCUUGUCCCGCCGCUGGCAUCGGUGCACCUCCCGCUCACCAUGGGGCUUCUGAUGGCGGGAACGCUGUUCUACACGGCUGCCGAGGGGAUGCGCCUGGCCGGGCUCCGCGUGGCGGUGGUGUCGGGGCUUACCGUGGCGGCGGCGCGGCCGCGCGACACGGGCUUCGUCCUCGGACCGGUCACGCUGGGGCUGGGCGCCAUGCUGGCGCUGCUGCUGUACCCCUUGCCGGCAUCGGCGAUCGCGAUCUACGCCCUCGCGUUCGGGGACGCGGCCGCCAGCCUGAUCGGCAUGGCGUUCGCGGGGUGGCGUAUGCCGCUGAACCGGAACAAGACCGUCGCCGGCAAGCCUGGCCUGCUUUGUCGCGGUGUUUCUGGUCACGCUCACACUGACCGCCGACGUGCGCCUUUCGACCGUUGUGGCCAUCGCUGCCAUGACGAUCGAGGCGCUCUCGGGGCGCGACCUCGACAACCUGCUGCUCCCCGUCGGCGUCGGAAUGGUCGUGCAGGCAGCCAGGGUGCUGCCGUAGUCUGCCUGUCCGGACAUGCGGAACAUCGGCCUGCUCACCAAGUGGGGGUGAUGCACCUGGACUGA